GUAUUUGUAUUGAAGACAUAAAACCUUCAUCAGCUAAUUAAAGCAAGUCAACAUUCCUUAUUUUAGUGUAUGCACGUGUGCAUGUGUGUCUAUUACUACCAUACAAAGGACAUUUGCCAUCAAUGGCUUCUGUGAGGGAUCAAGUCGACGCCUGCAAGCAUGUUGAGUGAUUGGAUCUCCACUGAAAAGUGUUAACUUGUAUCUACGGGUAACCAAUGACACGAUUUUUGACCGAAAUGAUAGUCCUGUUUCUGUAUUUAAAUUUUGUUUAUUCCUGCUUGUAAUCACUCCAUGCGAAUUUUUCAGGUGGUCCAAAGUCAUAGUCAUCGUACAUGGUAUUGUGUCAGUGCAUUUAAACUUCCUUCCAGAUGAGCAACUGGUGGAGUGCAGUAGCCUAUGAAGCCACGGGUUGUCGUAAUGGACAUUGCAUUCACUGAUUACUAUAUGUGAGGGGUGAAGAAAGGGGUUAUAAGCGGCGAUACUGAUCGGAAAUCAUCACCGUUUCGCUAAACGCCGCAGGCCUUAUGCUGCACAUAGAUCGAUGUCCUUUUGAAAAGGAUUGAAUACAAAACACAACAACAAUAUAGGCAUUGAUUUCUUCCCAGUCACACUUUCCUUUUGCCUUUGUUACUGGAUCAAUGUUUUAUUCUUUUAUUCGAUUUAUCGUUCUUCCCUCCUCUUUCUGUUAACCUUUUAUUUUUCAGUGAGCAUAUCAUGCGACGCUUACACUUAGCGGUGUCCUCAAGGGUCAUGAUGUGUGGACGCCUUAUGCAAUCGUCUCUUUGCAGUAACGCAACAGAGCAAGAAGUUAAUGGAGGCAAUAUCGUUGUAAAAGAAUGCCCCCUUGCUGGUGUGUGUCUAUUAGAAAUGAGCUUACCAAAAACUAACGCACUCAGUUCAUAUCUGAUGUCGCGUCUUUUAGCUACUAUCAGUGAGGUUUGUGAUCCGGAAAAGGGCAUACAUCAAGGUAUCAUUCUCACCUCUAACACUCUAGGGAACUUUUGUGGAGAUUUCGACAUCAACGCAAUGUCCAAGUCUUCCUCCCAGGACGAAUUUAACCUCUACUAUGAGAAGCUGCAGACGCUUUUUGUAACUCUGCACUCUCUUCCUAUUCCUAUGAUGGUGGCUAUCAAUGGCCACGCCCUAUCUGGUGGUUGCAUGUUGGCGCUUGCUGCUGAUUAUCGGAUAAUGGUAAAUGCUGAUCUUACUGAAGGCAAGCCCUUCAAAAUUGGAAUACCCACGUGUCGCUAUGGUAUGAGAAUCUCACCUUACAUGGCUGGAUCACUAGACCAUGUUGUCGGGUUCAGAAAAGCAGAGGCACUGCUUAUAGAUGGAUCUCUGCUUACUGCCGAGGAAGCUCUUGCGUGUGGUUUAGUGGACGAGGUGAUAAGAACUCCCGAUGAGGCCGUUUUAGCAUGUUUAGUGGAAAUGGAGAAGUAUCUGAAGAUGCCAUCUUUUGUGCCAUACUGGCUCAUAAAGGAUGCAUUUCGGAAAAACCUACUGGCACCCCUAUGCACUCAGGCACUUAGAACAGCUGACAUGACCAACGCUUACGAUAUACAGCAGCUCCCGGGUGUUAGGCAAAAUAUUGAUUUACGCAUCUAA